AUGCCUAAAACCGACAGAGUCAACCGCAACUCUCUCCGCAAUUCUGGUCAUUACUACAACCUCUCGCCCGUCACCACAGGUCAACAAUACGCAGACCUCAACCAACCCCGUCUAUCAACAGACUAUUACUCAGUCCAACCAAUUCCUACCAUGGCUCCAACAUACAACACCUCUACACAACAAAACACAUACUCCACAGGUGGUCCAGUCCAACCAAUCCACCAAACCUACGCACCAGUCACUUCUCACAUACAAUCCACAGCUCCAAUCACCUCACUCCGCCCCAGUUCAGGAGCAUGGAGUCCUACAGACGAUCAGACUCUGAUGGGAGCCCGCUCGCAAGGAAUGAACUGGGCACCAAUCCAACAAACCUACUUCCCCACCAAAACACCCAAUGCAUGCCGGAAACGACAUGAAAGACUCAUGGAGAGACGCAGUGCCGAUGACUGGGACGGAUUGAAGCUCGAAGGUCUGGCGAAGAACUACAUGGGAAUGCGCAGAGAAAUCUGGUCAUCCCUCGCGGAAGCCACUGGUGAAAAGUGGAACGUGGUUGAACAAAAGUGCAUGUCUCAAGGUCUAAAAAACCUCCAAACAGCCGCCCGUUCCCACGCCCGCCGCGAACGUCUUCUCUCGCCCUCGCACUCGCACUCCCACCACACCUCCCUCUCCCACUCCCCCAACCACGCCUUCCCACCUUACUCCUCGUCCGCCUCGUCCGGCGCCUACGUGCGCGACGACUCCGGCAUCGAGAUCGAAGACAUGGAAGGCGCAGAUUACAACGACGGGUCGUCUGAAAGGAUGAGCUCGAGCAGUAGCGCGUAUGGCGGGCAGCACUACGGACAUGGACACAGUCACAGCGGUGGUAGCGGUGUUGGAAGCGUGGGAUACGGACAUAAUGGCCGGUUGCCUAGUAUUGAUAUGGGUAUCGAUGCUAUCAUCAAUCGUCCUCGACAGUAG